UUUGGUGUAAUUCCGGUUGUCAUACAUCAUUUGCAGGUUAAUUUUACUUCUGAGGUGGCCGUAGGCUUUCGUUUCACCACGCGGUUUCUCGAAAUUUAAUUUAGUAAUCAUGGUUGAGAAAAAACCUGCCGAUAAAAAGGAGAAAAAGAAGAAGCCCGUGAAGAAAAGCCGUGCGAAGCGGAGGAUUUUGGAAGGCAAAGGCUUUAGGUAUAAUAGAUUCGUAGAAGUUGGCCGUGUAAUCCUUUUGACCGGACCUCACUACAGAGGAAAGACUGCCGCCAUCGUAGACAUAAUCUCUGAAAUAUGGGUUUUGGUAGAUGGACCUUUGACCGGAGUUCCACGCAUCCCUGUAUACAUGGAUCAUCUCAACUUAACGGGAUUAAAAAUCGACAUUCCUCGGGCUGCCAAACGAGACGUUGUCAAGAAAGCUUGGAUUGAUGCAGAUAUUGACAGGCAAUGGUCCAAAACUGGAGUCUGCCGUGCUUUAAUAAGAGCUAAGAAGAUGAAAUCAAUGAACGACUUUGACCACUACAAACUAAAGAGGAUCAAGAGUAAACGCAACAACAUCCUCCGAACCUACUUCAAGAAAUUGAAGGCUCACCCGAAGAGACUUGCAGGCAUCCUACAGUACAGGCGAGCAAAGAAAGCAGGAAAGGUCACACGCAUGGACAAAACCAAAUUGGCUGAAUUCAGGAAGAAGAACAAGGAAGAGAUGAAGAAACGUGGACUUAAGAGGAGAGAAAAGGCCUUAGCUCGAAAAAGUCAACCAAAACCCGCUAAGCCGGAAGUAGCUGCUAAGUAAAAUGUUUCUUGUUAAUAUAUUUGGACCGUAUUUUUUUUACGUAAA